CAGGAUACCGCUCUCAAAACUUGUUUCAAAGAAAAGACACCCUUAUUCAAGAUGGAGCCCUUCGUGUACAGCCCUCUCCCUCACAAGAUCAUCUUUGGACGAGGUUCAAUUCGUCAACUUCCACAAUGCCUGCAGCAACUUGGCUUCCGUCGGGCCCUCGUCCUAUCGACCCCCCACCAAAUUGGCCAAGCCAAACAAAUCACCGAUAUUCUCGAGUCGCACGUGGAAGCCAGUUGGAUCUUCUCCGAGGCCACCAUGCACACUCCCUUGAAUGUUACCGAGAAGGCCCUCGUAUUUUGCCAGACGAACGAGCCCGAUGUUCUGGUCUCUAUUGGGGGCGGCAGUACUACCGGACUCGGCAAGGCAAUCAGCUUCCGAAAAGGGAUAUACCAUAUCUCCAUUCCUACAACAUACGCUGGUAGUGAGGUGACACCAAUCCUCGGCGAGACCGUGGACGGUAUCAAAACGACCAAGACGCAGAUCGAAAUCUUGCCCAAAACUGUCAUAUACGAUGUCGACUUGACCCUCACGCUCCCUCUUCCCAUGUCGCUCACCAGCAUCAUCAACGCUAUCGCGCAUGGUGUCGAGGCGCUCUACGCCCCCAACACAAACCCUAUUGUUAGUCUCAUGGCCGCCGAAGGUGUGAGAUCUCUUGCAAACGGAUCAUACGAGUUACUCGACGAUCCCGACUCCAUUGUAGCUCGAUCGAUCUGCCAAUAUGGAGCUUGGCUCUGCGGAACUUGCUUAGGCAGCGUUGGAAUGUCUCUGCAUCACAAGCUUUGUCACACAUUAGGUGGCUCUUUCAACCUGCCCCAUGCCGAGACGCACACAAUUGUUCUCCCGCACGCUUUGGCGUACAACGCUCCCAAGGUUCCCCAGACUAUGAAGGUCUUGGCUGGAGUGCUUCCAGAUAGCCAGGGGGAUGCUCUACGCGGUCUCAACACCUUGCUUAACAAGCUUGGUGUUCCACGAAGCUUGAAGUCUAUUGGAUUCAAGGAGGAAGAUAUCGACAAGGCAGCGGACAUUGCUGUUAGUAGUUCUUAUGCUAAUCCAAGAAAGAUUGACAGAGAUCUCAUCCGGGAGGUCAUUAGGAGGGCAUGGGCUGGUGAGGACGCAAGGGCAGACUUGUAG